AUGGAUCCUGAUCCUCCGACUAUCGUAGACACGAGAGCAGAAGGAAGUAAAGCUCGCAAGGAGAAGCUGGCGUUAGAGUCGUUAGCUCCUGUUGAACUUUCCGAGUCCGAUAGCUGCCAACACCAAAUGAGUAGACCUCAUAAUUAUGAUCCUCAGGUAGAAGCAGUAGGGAACAUCGGUGCAGCAGCACCUGACGACUGUCCAUUGUUCGAAGGGUCGUCCGUUACAGCGUUCGCCGAUGACGAAGCCGUGACAUCACUAUACGGGGGAGGAUCCGUCGAGGGUGUUGUGCCCGUUGGGGUUUCCCCUUGGGAAUCCGUAGUAAUGGCACCAGUACAUGCCUUAGUUUAUUUUCCAAUUGAUAUGUUGUCUUCUUCAAGCACCGCAAUUUUGGGGAAGUUAACACAGGUUGUCAGGAAUGAUACUCCGGUCCUGGCCGGCCUGUCAAAUCUUUACCUUGUAGUGGUCAUCAGUGUGAGAAGACACUGUAGAUGCCAUAAAGCUGUUUCCGAAGGUUUGUUCGGAGAUUGGAGAGGGAUCAGAGGAGUUAAUGGUGGAGAUUCCCAGGGGCGGAGAGGAUACUACGCUUCGAGGUGGUGCGGUCAGCAAGACAGAGAAUUUGGAGGGGGUAGCAACGGCACCGGAAGAGUGCGAGGUACGGCGAAGUUAGACGGAGUUAGGCUAAGUAGGAACAAUGGGAGCAGAAGUACGGCGAAGUUAGACGGAGUUAGGCUAAGUAGGGACAAUGGGAGCAGAAGUGCGGCGAUGUUAGGCGGAGUUAGUCUAAGUAGGGACAAUGGGAACAGAAGUACGGCGAAGUUAGACGGAGUUAGGCUAAGUAGGGACAAUGGGAGCAGAAGUGCGGCGAUGUUAGGCGGAGUUAGUCGAAGGAGGAAGAGGAUGGCUGAGGGCUCGGGGAAGUUGGACGAAGUGCGUUGA